CGACCUGGCUCUCGGAGGCGUCACAAUGGGCCGAGGCCUGCGGAGGCCGCGCGCGCAGCUCCCCGGGGCGGAGCCGCGCGGCCGGGACUGGGGCUGUGCCGGGGCAGCGGAGGCUGCAGCAACCGGGGGUGGCCGGGGCGCCCACCCUUCCAGCUCCGAGGUCGCCGUGGCGGGGAGGAUGCCGCAGCCCGAGCCGCGGAGCCCGGCCGCCGAGCUUUCUAGCCCCCGCCGCCGCGGAGGGGCGCAGAGCGUGGCGCGGGCCGGGCGGAGCUAGAGGCGGGCGUCUGCACCGCGUCGCGCCACCCGCAGUUCCCCGCCUCCGGCCGGGCCCGCGAGCCUGUCGCGGCCGAUGCCCUGACCGCGGGCGCAGCUGCAGGGUUGGCAAGGCGCCGCGCCCGGGAAGAGGCCUGAGGAGUCCUGGCGGCGCCCGAGUCCAUCAGCUCCGGACGCCGGUCCCCUGGGGCACGCGCCUCGCCGCUCCUCCCUCCCGUCCCUGCUCCUCCUCGCCGCACGAUCCUCCCCCGACCCCUCCUUCCACCCACCCUAGAGGAUGCGCUCCCCCGCGCCGAGCAGCAGAGGCCACCGCUCCCAGAAAUGCGUGCGCCCGAUCCCCUUCUCCCGGACCCGCGGAGCCGGCGCCCCCGCCCUGUAGAUUGAAAAAGAAAAAACAGGCCAAACAAAAUGCAGAGACAGCCUCAGCUAUUGCCACAAGGACCCACACUGGAAAAGAGGAUGCGAAAGCAGUCAUUUUAGAACAAGACAAAUGCAACAUUGCUGUGGAAGAGGAAUAUAUUACUGAUGAGAAAAAAAAGAGAAAAAAUAAUCAGUUAAAGGAGAUCAGGCGUACAGAACUGAAGAGAUAUUAUAGUACUGAUGACAAUCAAAACAAAACACAUGAUAAAAAAGAGAAGAAGAUGGUGGUUCAGAAGCCCCACGGUACUAUGGAAUACACUGCUGGAAGCCAGGACACCCUAAACUCCAUAGCCCUGAAGUUUAACAUCACUCCCAAUAAAUUAGUGGAACUGAAUAAACUUUUCACACAUACUAUUGUUCCAGGCCAGGUCCUUUUCGUGCCAGAUGCUAACUUUCCUUCCAGUACCUUAAGAUUAUCAUCAUCCAGUCCUGGUGCUACUGUGUCUCCUUCAUCAUCAGAUGCAGAAUAUGAUAAACUGCCUGAUGCUGACUUAGCAAGAAAGGCCUUAAAACCCAUUGAAAGAGUCUUAUCAUCCACUUCUGAAGAAGAUGAGCCAGGCGUGGUAAAAUUUCUAAAAAUGAAUUGUCGAUACUUCACUGAUGGAAAGGGUGUGGUCGGAGGCGUCAUGAUUGUUACUCCAAACAACAUCAUGUUUGACCCUCACAAGUCUGAUCCCCUGGUCAUUGAAAAUGGUUGUGAGGAGUAUGGCCUCAUUUGCCCCAUGGAAGAGGUGGUUUCCAUUGCCCUCUACAACGACAUUUCCCACAUGAAGAUCAAAGAUGCCUUGCCAUCUGACCUACCUCAGGAUCUUUGUCCUCUGUACAGGCCUGGAGAAUGGGAAGACCUGGCUUCAGAAAAAGAUAUCAACCCAUUCAGUAAGUUCAAAUCUCUCAACAAGGAAAAACGGCAGCAGAAUGGAGAGAGAGCCAUCACUUCAGAUUCCAAAUCAACAAGACCUCUGGAGAAGUCAACAGAAUACACACACAUAAAACCCUCAGAUAGCUCUGUGUCAGGAAAACUAAAGACCCUGGAAUCUUCCACAGAGGCAACCAGUGGAUCUACCACAAUGACUAGGGUCAGCAAGGAACCUUCUGACACUCGUGCUGCAUUUGAAUCUAUAGCCAAAGAAAAUUCCCUUUUAGGGGAAGAUGAUGACUUUGUUGACUUGGAAGAACUUUCUUCUCAAACUGAUAGUGGAAUGGACAAAAGAGACACCUCAAAGGAGUGCCUUACUCUUGAUCCAGAAGAGCUAAGGAAGGCUAAGUCACAAAUAAUCAGUUCUACUACAAAAAUGCAGGUGCAGUCAGCCCUGAGCUUUUCCGGAACAGAUAGUGAUGCUGAGCUGAAGGGGGCCCUAGAUUUAGAAACCUGUGAGAAGCAAGAUAUAAUGCCAGAGGUGGACAAGCAGUCUGGUUCCCCAGAAAGCCAGGUGGAAAACACACUGAACAUACAUGAAGAUCUAGAUAAAGUUAAACUCAUUGAAUAUUACCUUAAUAAGAACAAAGAAGGGUCACAGUUCUCUGAAAACUUGCAGAAGGCAGAACUAAGUGAUGGCAAAAGUAUCGAGCCAGUGGGAAUAGAUAUCACCCUUAGUAGUUCUCUUCCCCAGGUAGGUGGUCCCCCAACUGAGGACAGUAAGGAGCCAGAUAAAACCUGGAUGAAAGAGAGAGUGUCCCUCCCACUGCAACUGGCGUCUUCCACAGAAGAAAAUAUGAAUAAAGAGUCUCUAGACAUCUCUUCAGAAUCUACUCUGGACAACAGCUGCCAAGGCGCACAAAUGGAUAAUAAGUCCGAAAUUCAGUUGUGGCUGUUAAAGAGAAUUCAGGUACCCAUUGAAGAUAUACUUCCUUCAAAAGAAGAGAAAAGCAAGACCCCACCCAUGUUUCUGUGCAUUAAAGUAGGAAAACCAAUGAGAAAAUCCUUUGCCACUCACACUGCAGCCAUGGUCCAGCAGUAUGGCAAACGAAGAAAGCAGCCAGAGUACUGGUUUGCUGUUCCUCGGGAGAGGGUGGAUCAUUUGUACACGUUCUUUGUUCAGUGGUCUCCUGACGUCUAUGGGAAAGAUGCCAAAGAGCAAGGCUUUGUGGUCGUGGAAAAGGAAGAACUGAAUAUGAUCGACAACUUCUUCAGUGAGCCAACCACCAAGAGCUGGGAGAUCAUCACCGUUGAGGAGGCAAAGCGCAGGAAGAGCACCUGCAGCUACUAUGAAGAGGACGAUGAGGUGGCCCUACCAGUCCUGCAGCCCCAUAGCGCACUCCUGGAGAACAUGCACAUUGAGCAGCUGGCCCGACGCCUUCCAGCAAGGGUACAAGGGUAUCCAUGGAGACUUGCAUAUAGCACAUUAGAGCAUGGGACCAGUUUGAAAACUCUUUACCGGAAGUCAGCAUCGCUAGAUAGUCCUGUCCUGUUGGUCAUCAAAGAUAUGGAUAAUCAGAUUUUUGGAGCAUAUGCAACUCAUCCUUUCAAGUUCAGUGACCACUAUUACGGCACAGGCGAAACUUUUCUCUACACAUUUAGCCCCAAUUUCAAGGUCUUUAAGUGGAGCGGAGAAAACUCAUACUUUAUUAAUGGAGACAUAAGUUCUUUGGAACUUGGUGGUGGAGGGGGACGAUUUGGUUUAUGGCUAGAUGCUGAUUUAUACCAUGGACGAAGCAACUCCUGCAGCACUUUCAAUAAUGAUAUUCUUUCCAAAAAGGAAGACUUCAUAGUUCAAGACCUCGAGGUAUGGACAUUCGAGUGAAAUUCAGACUGCCUUAAAAUACCACAUUAAAAAGAUUGGGUUCCAUCAGCCCUCCUAAAGCUGGCUGGAAGACCUAGCCGCAGCCCAGACUGCUUCAUCCCACCAUAAUGCUUUCUUUCUGCCAUCAUCUCAGAGCAUGGUCACAUUGCAGAGAGUUUCUGAAAGGUCCAUGUGGAGGGCAGACAACAAAGAAAGAAUUUUGAAGUCCGGAUUGCUGAAAGACUUUAUGCUCCCACUUCCUUCAAAUCCAUGCAGUGAGGAAUCAAAAUAUUUAUAGAUGUAUGAGUUGAAUGCUAUUUUUAUUUUUGGUAACUGUGAAAAAAAAAAGAUACUGUGGAAAUAUAUACAUGCCUUGUGUAUUUAUCAACAUAAUUUUCAUUACCAAAAUGUACAGCAUACUAUUGUUUGCCAUGGAAAAGCUUAGUUUCGCUUAGAAAAAUUGGAAGUGCUCAGCACUGAAAGGGAAUAUAUGAUUUUUUUAAUUGUCUUAUUUAUUAUUUCUAGAAUAUUGU